GAGGAGCAGAUGCCUGAGAAAACACACAGACACUUCCACUCCACAGCAGCCGAAAGAGGCACACUGAGCCCUUCUCCUUAAAUGGUAAAAGCUCCAAGGAGAGAAAGAGACUGCUGCUGCUGAAGUGAGACAGGGAUCGGAGGGGACGGGAGAAGGAAAGAGAAGCCCUGCAGAUUCAGGAGUUUUUGGUGCAAAAGGCUGAGAGUGACCGGGCGGCUCUGGGAGUGUUACUGCAGCGAUGUCAGCUCCAGCGAGAGGAGAAGUUCUCACAGCAGGAGGAGUUUUCUUUUAAACAAGGAGACUGUAAUCAGUCCCCUUUUACUGCUGGAAGACCGUUUCUCUUCCCUUCCGCCUGCCCUCGCCCCUGUCUGCCCUUCGUCAUGCCCACGCUGCCCGAGGAAGAGGAGGACUCUCCAGAAGAGCUGGACAGCUCCUCCAGCUCUCCCAGAACAUCCAUAGUGGGUGAAAGCCAAGCCGUCAUUAUGCCUGCCCCCACCAUCAUCUACCCACAGCAGGCCAUCAUCAUCCAAAAAGAAGGACAUCCCUUUGAUCAAAGCAGGCCACACAGUCCCAGAUCUCGCCAAGCCAGAAACUCCACCGGAGGACCCCUCACCACAGUCGACAGCACCGGUAACGUGAUCGACCUGCUGAAAGAUCAGCUGCCGGAGCUCCAGCUGUCUGAAGAGGAUCGGCAGAAGAAUCUGGAGCUGCUAGAGCAGGCCAAGAAGGUCAGCGACCGCUUUCUAACACGCCGAGGACGCCGAUCCUCCAGCAGCCUCACCGAAUCACCCACAGGUCUCUCUCCGCCUCUAACGCCAUCAUCCUCACCACGUUCCUCCAGAAACAGCUCAGUAAUUGGAGCUCCUCAAACAGCUGCAGGAUCCCCAGAGACGACUUAUAUCAGCUCACAGUCACUCAGUCAGCGUCUGGAGGUUCCUUCAGCGAGGGAGCAGCCGCCAGACUCAAGAAACCAGGGCCUAGAGGAUGAGGUCUUGGUAGACUGGAAACCCACAGAGAAGAGGAAAGUGUCCUCUGGAACGCUAACGCCCCGGUUCGCAGCUCAGAAGGAAAACUGUCAUCCUGCCAGGCCUAAAAGUCCUCAAGCUACUAGUAAAGAGGAUGAGGUUUCAGCGCGAAACCAGAGCCCGGCCCCGGCCACAGGGGUGGCCAAGCCCGUUCCCAGACCUCCCACCCAGCAGGCCCCCUGCACAGCAGAGAUCAAAACCAUCGGGGCCUUUCCUCCCCUGAUGAGAGCCGUUUCAUGGGACGCUGUGAGCAGCCUUAAUUCAAGAACUGGAGCUCCAAGUUUCCCCUCAACAAUCAAGGAAACGUUUUCAGAUAAACACAGAGAUGCCUUCAGGUCCUCAGGUUACAAAGACUUUCCCCUUCAACCAGGCAGCAAACUUUCGAAAAUCAGAGAGGAGCACAAGCUGAUGCGCAACCAAAGCAUAGUCGGAUCCAUGUUACCAGAUUUGAGCGAAGCUGCUGAGCAGGACAAAGGACCGUCGUUCUCUCUAAAGUCAACAAACGCUGAGGAGUCGAAAGAAAAAUCUGAUGCUAUGCCAAACAUUUCAGAUGUGAUGCUGAGAAAACUCAAGCUGCAUCGAGGCCUGCCUGGCUGUGCUCCUCCUCUCACUGAAAAAGAAGUUGAGAAUGCUUUUGUCCAGCUGUCUCUGGCGUUCCGUAACGACAACUACACUCUUGAGACGAGACUGAAGCAGGCAGAGAGAGAGAGGACCCUGACCGAGGAGAACACAGAGAAGGAACUGGAAGAGUUUAAAACAGCUCUGAAGAUGACUUCUCCACAGUGGCAGAACAUGGAGCAGCGUGAGGCCUAUCAGCGUCUGGUUGAGACGGUGGCGGUUUUGCUCCGACUCACCACCCGACUCUCCAGUAGAGCAGAGAUAGUCGGAGCAGUUCGACAGGAGAAACGUAUGAACAAAGCCACUGAAGUCAUGAUGCAGUAUGUGGAAAACCUGAGGAGGACAUAUGAGAAAGACCACGCAGAGCUGAUGGAGUUCAAGAAACACCAGAACUCAAACCGUUAUGGAGGAUCUCCAGAUAAUGGAGACGACGGGGUUCCACGGGCAUCGAGAUCAAUGUCUCUCACCCUUGGAAAAGCAUUGCCCAGACGCAGAGUGAGCGUUGCUGUGGUACCCAAGUUUAAUCUCCUCAACGUUCCAGGUCAGAACCCAGUCACUGCAGGCCCAGGCUCAGCUGCAGGACCCACAAUAGGUGCUGCACUUCCUGUCCUGUGUGAAGCAAACGAUGUGAAAGGAAGUCCAUCCACCGAAGCAGCACCACCAUCAGCAGCAGAGUGUGGAAAGAGCGUGUUGGAGCAGGAAAGCGAGCCAGCCAAACCUGCAGUAGAUUUGGAGGAGAUCAGAGCUGAGAUCAAGGCAAAGGUCCAGGAGGAAGCGUACAAUAAAGGCUACCAAGAGGGGCUGAAGCAAAGCAGAGCACUCCUGGAGGAGAAAUGUGAAGAUGACAGCGAAGCAGAGAAGCUGCAGGAGCUGAAGCAUAAGGAUGAAGAAAGUGGAAAGAGGUAUAAAAGCAACAGGAGGAUGGUGGAGAUCCUGGCUCUUCUCGAUCAGUUUUGUCCCAAGUUCUCGGUCACGCGGCGACUCCUUUGGAUCUUCCUGUCGCUGUUAGUGGUGAUGUGUGUGGUUAUCAGUAUUUUCACCUUCUUCAGCGACUACUACAAUCGGCGCGAUGACACGUAAGAUGUCAGAGGCUGUUUACCAGACACAGCAAGGCCACUGGACUGAAAGCACAACUAAAAACAAAGAACACCACAAGUCUGUCACGUUGUCACAUCGUUACACCCAGACUCACUUGAAUGGACCGACCCCGACACUUAAAUCAGAGGAAUGUUGGGAUUACAAUGAAACUUUUCUGAAGUAAAAAGACUCAUUUGGGUUUAGGGACCAAUUCCACAGGAAGAUAAAUCAUGUUUUAUUGAUUUAGAGGCUUCUGUGAGGACACAUUUUGGUACUUUGAAGGAUGACCAUAGCUCCAAAUGCCACAGGAGACAAAAACAUAUUUAUCUACACACUUUUAAUACAAAACUACGCAUUCAAAGAUUUUAAAUUUAUAUUUUUUAACUGUAUUAUUGUUAUUUUCCAUAGAAGAUAUUUAAAAUUUAGACAAACACAUUGAAAGUAGUUUCUUAAGUGCAAUAUUUUUGCAGUUGUGGUUUGUGUUAUUUUGGAUUCUGAUCACUGGCAGAUUUACUUUCUUAUGAGAGCACUUUUCAGAUGGUUUGAGUGUCUGUGUUAAAUACUUUUUGGAAGUUGUGCUUUGCCUUCAAAUAAAGUGUUUAAGAAUGUAA